AUGACAUCUACCUACUUCGACAGUGCCGUGGAUGCUCACGUCGGAAGCCAGCUGCUCAACUCUGUGAUUGGACCCGAAGGAAUGCUCCACAACAAGACGCUCAUCCUAGUGACGAAUGAGCUGUUGUUCUUGGAAAAAGCGGAUCUGAUCAUGGUGAUGAAGGAUGGACGGAUGCUUUCGAGCAAUUGCUGAUCGAGUGCCAGCAAGUGGACCAGAAGCGACGUGAAAGCAGCCCUUUCAGCUGACGACGACGAUGACACCUCGGAGCCAGGAGGCAUCAUGACUGAAGGAGAUGCGGACUUUGAGUACCAUGAUGAUGUGAUGGCGUCGGGAAACAGUAUUGGAGUCCGUCUGGGAGUGUACGCUGGCCUCGUAUUCUUGGAAAGUGAGUUUUCCCGCCACGUGCGUCCUCAGAAAGUCAUUCUUUCUUUUCAGUUAUCGUUCUCUUCAUUGGAAUGCUGUCCCUGCUCUACGGAGGAGCAUCGGCUUUGAGAAACCUGCGCGCUCCGCUGAUGCGCAAUCUGUUCCGUGUUCCAAUGGCUUUUUUCGAUAUUCCAAUGGCUUUUUUAACCGCAUCGGAAAGGAUAUCGAGACGUUCGACGUGCUUCUGCCGUGCAAUGUCCAGUUCUUUACACAGUACCUCCUACAAGUGAUCUCUCCUUUUGUUGCGCAGUCAGUGCCCAUUCAUUAUUGGAAGGACAAUUUACAACCACAAUGGAUUGAGCGAGAUCAUUUGACAGGUUUUGUUGCGGUUGCAAAACGUCUAGUAGCGCUAAGACAAAGCACAUUUUCAUUAUAAUUUUCCAGGUAUAAAUUCGACGAUCUGAAUGUUUCUCGACAUGAUGCUACGCGAGUAGCCAAAGAAGCACCGUACAUCCUUAUGUACCGAAAGCGCAGACAUGGCAAGAUCAGCCGAACUGGAACCAGAAAGCCAACAGAAUCUCCGUACAACGUAAAUGCUUUAUGUACAGAACCUCAAGAAAUCAUGGACAGAGUAAACUCUUCCUAACAUUUUUUCCGUCCAAGGACUUUUUCACGGUGAAAUUUUUGCAUGCGGCCUUUAUUUUGGACGCCGAAUCAAAUGGUGAUAGUCCCAUGAAGAUCUCACCGCAAAAUGUUGUACAUCGGUGCAAAUUACAAUUUGUUGAAUAACUUUCUUGUACAUUUUUUUCUUAAAUCGUGAAUUAUUGCAUUCUUGAAGCCCAUUCCAUUAGCUACAUUUUCGUUUUUUUACCGAGUUUACUCAAAAUUUGACGGAAAUACGAUUUUUUGAAAAAAGGUACCGUUUUUGCACUUUUUCCACCAUAACUCGGCUGAACCGCAAAAGGUAGGCGAAACCCGUCACCCGGUAUAUACCCUCACUAGUGCCUUUCAUUUGCCCCUAGUCCCGACUCAAACCCCGUUUCGCAGAUCGGGUACAUUCCUUUUGAGAGGCCGUGAAGAGUGAUUAUUAAAAAACGUUUAUUGACGUGAAAAAAAAAUGAUUAAAAAAAUAACAGUUAGAAGUGGAAAAUGAAAAUCGUAUUACGUUUUGUAAAAAAGUGUUGCAUUGACUGAAUGUUGUCAUUGAGGCAUUGUAAUUCUUUUCAAAUGAUCUUCCAACUCUGCGAUAUUCACGAGGACUUUUGAUGGGAAAGUGUAUGAACGGUCUGAGUUUCUGAAAAAAUUCCUGUUGGUUCUUGUGACGUACGUCUAUUUUUCGAAAGAAACAUAACUACAUAAUUUGUCGGUUUUUCUCUGUUGAAGUUGUUUGGUUAAAACACGUGUUCUGUACUUCUAGUACAUAUUUGCAACAAACUGCUUCUAGAAGUUGUUCGUUUUUGGAUUGCAGAAAAUCGAAAGUUUGAAAUUUUUUCAAAUAGAUCACAGUGAUAGUUAUUUUUCUGAGAAGACAGACUGAAAACGUAAGAAAUUCUUACUUUUUCACAAUGUACAUGUUUUUGGUGCAUCAAUCUUUGAAAACUUUGCAUCGCCAGUGAUUUGUACUCGUUUCUUUCGUAUUUUCGUCAUAUAAGCGACCAUCUAUAGUGCGGUGCAAGUUUAUAAGGCCACCCCCGUUUGGCACUGCCACGUGGCGCUCGAAAAUAUUUCCGACCCGGCGACUUCAAAAUCGGAUUCAGGGCACAAAGUUACGUAUGUUUGGUGAUUUUCGUGAUGAUACCUGGAAAACUGUCCGAACUACCUCGAUUAAACUAAAAAUCGGCUUUUUGCAACCGUUGCAAGUUUAUAAGGCCACCCCAGGGGAUAGGGGUUUUCGCUUAUCUGGUAAACCCCUAUGAGCACAAAAUAAGUUGUACAUAUCUAAAAAGACGUUUUAAAACUGUUUUUGCCAUUCAGACGGUUUAGGUUUUUUCGUAAGACAUGCCACGGGGCACUUUCCCUACGGAUUCCAAAAAAGUCUUAACACAGCCAUUCAAAACGGUUGGAUGGCCCAACCGAUCGUUCAGUUGUUGUCUAAAGUGAUUCAAAUCCAUUUCGUGACUAGUCGAAACUCAAAAAAGAAUUUUUGGAAGACCGGGCAGACAUUGAAACUGAAUGUUUGUGCCAAAAUGUUCGCCAUCCCUGUCGUCAAACUCAAAUAACGGCAUUGAUUGAGACCAAAUAAACUACGGGAGGGUCUCAGAUGAUUCUAGAGGACUUCAGAUCAGUGCAACAAGUUUAUCUGAAUGCAUUUUGUAAAUAUCCAAUCGAGGAGAAAGCGUUCAAAACCAUAAGGCUUCGUUCUCCAAAGGUUCUCUUUGAGAAGACAAAGCGGUCAGUGCGGAUGUCGUGCCAGUAUCACUUCCAUUCCUCCAGACCGUUCAAAUUGACCAUAUUUUCAGCAGAAGGCAUGAUUUCACCGGAAAACAUGUUUCUGGACAAACAAAACCGAUCAUAACAGCCGAUCCCUCAUUGGUCGACAUGUUGCCACGGACGCAUUCGAUGCGAUGUGACUUGUGUCAAUGCACGGAAUGCACGGAGAGGGCCACAUGGUCUCAGAAACAUUGUUAGGGCACUCCUCAACAGUUUCCCAAACCAUACACUUUCUAAAUCCACGGUCCAGCUCCUGUUCCAUGCCGUUGCAGGACUUUUUCGCAGUUGAAACGGCACGGAUGAGGAACCUUUUGGCAUGAGAAACCCGUUUCCGGCUUUUCUAAGAUGUUCUUUUUGGCUGGACUGAUCACAAAAUGUAUUUGAAGCACUUUAGAUGACAACUGGUCUCUUGGUUCGACCAUCCAGCCGUUUUGAAUGGCUGUGUUAAGAGUUUUUCGGAAUCCUGGGGAAAGUUCCAUGUGGCAUUUCUUACGAAAAAACCUAAACCGUCUGAAUGACAAAAACAGCUUUAAAACGUCUUUUUAGAUAUGUACAACUUAUUUUGUGCUCAUAGGGGUUGACCCGAUUAGCGAAAACCCCUAUCCCCUGGGGUGGCCUUAUAAACUUGCAACGGUUGCAAAAAGCCGAUUUUAAGUUUUAUCGAGGUAGUUCGGACAGUUUUCAAGGUAUCAUCACGAAAAUCACCAAACAUACGUAACUUUGUGCCCUGAAUCCGAUUUUGAAGUCGCCGAGCCGUAAAAAUUUUCGAGCGCCACGUGGCAGUGCCAAACGGGGGUGGCCUUAUGAACUUGCACCGCACUGUAUGUAUCCUUGCUCAUUGUCAUUCGUAUACUUCACGUACUUCAAACACUUUCCACAGAGAAAUAGUUCCUUGUUAAUGACAAUGAAGAGUAGCGCCUGGAAAUAACAUGGUUAGAAAAAAAAGAAACAUUUCGGAGAGGUUUACCUGUUUUUCGUUUCUAUUUGUUUUAGGUGGAUCCAGAAAUUUAGCAAUGUCCUUAUUGAGUGGAAUAAAACAGAAAUUAAAAAAAAUAGAAGAAUAGGGGGAUUUCCGGGUGGAAAUCCAGGGAAAACAAAAAAAAAUAAAGAAAAUAAGGGAAAAGAGGGGCUUCCUGGUGGAAGCCAAGGAGAGGAGGAGAGGGAACCGCCAAGUCGGCGGGGCAUGGGGGAUUAUAUAGUGGCGGCUGGAAUGUGGAGCUGUCCGGAAGUGACGCGGUGAGAUCGGAGAUCGAGCAGAGGCGGCUGGAAUGUCGGCGCGGAGAUCACGUGAAGCGGCGGGAUCGUGGGCGAGCCGGAUGUCGGAGGUGCUCUGGAAUGUGGUCGGUUUGCAGUGGGUGAGACCAGUGGAUGGUGUGAGCUUCCGGGGAAGGAUCGGUGGGUUGGGGAGGGCGAGGGACGUGCCCUCACGUUUGAAAAGUGGGCCCUGGCGUAUGGUCCGGUUGCCUGUGGUUACGGGACAUCUUGGUCCCUUACAAUAUCCAAUGUCAACUGUCAGGUUUUUGGAGAAGGAAUCCGACGGAGGUAUUCCGAAAGACCCAAAUUGUUACAAACUGAUGAAACAUAGUCCGUAGAACAUAGCAGUACCAUCAACAACCAUUCGAAAACUGUGGGCGCCUCGGAAAUUCCAAAAGCUUAUAUACUUAUUUUUCAUCGCAUGGUUUUCUCAUUCCCAGGACCUUUGUACUAUAGUUAUUUUGCUUUUACGUAAAAGUAAAUCUUUAGUCCAGACCCGAAUGAUUAUCACUGAAUUGAACAGAACAUUUGACCAAUCUACAGUAUCACUCGUUUUCUGAUCGCCUGCGAUGCAAACGUGCAUUUCUGUCCGUUCUCCAGAAAAUACAUAAAAAUGGGAGAGGGGUGUUCCGUUUUUCUUCUAUUUUUUAUCGCUGAUCGGAAUAAUAAAAAGAUCAGCACCAAAAAUUCGGAAAUAAAAGCGCUCCGCUCGGCCAGGAAAUUCAUUCGCAUCCAGCCAGUCUUCCGGAUUCGACUCUCUUCUCUCCAGGACAAAUCCGAAACCUCAUGAUGUAAGUUAUUUUCAAGCGUUCAGCAUUAGAGAAAAUGCAAAAAGUUCCAUCACGAGAAAACCAUUCAGCCCUAAUAUUAAAAUUCUGAAAUUUUGCUCUUGCAGGUCGGCUCUCUUCAUGUCGUCUGCCGGGACUUCUUCUCCGAUACCAACCUCUGCUCAAUCCGAGCCAAAACAGCCAGACACACCCAGACCUAAAUAA